UCUGAGAGAUACAGAGGGCCCAUACAUGCCCCUUUCUGGAGGAAGUGGUGCCACUCUAAGUUUAAUUGAGACUUGCUCAAAUCAAGAAGUAGAGGCCGCUGCACCAUCAACUAACGUGACAUUUUGUUUGUGUUCACGCAGGGUGGCUGACAAGCUGCCGAGACCAAACCUCAUUUUGCUCAAGCUCUUGCUCUCUCUGCUCCACCACAUCAGCCAAAAUGCCGAGACCAACAGGAUGGACUCCAGCAACCUGGCCAUCUGCAUUGGCCCAAAUAUGCUGAGCCCAGGGACGGACAGCGCGCUCCCGCUGGAAGUGGAGAAGGAGAUGAAUGACAAGGUGACAGUGCUGGUGGAGUUCCUCAUAAACAACUGCUUGGAAAUAUUUGAGGGGGACAUUGCCUUCCCUGCCUGUGCCUUGGCUGAGGAGUCACCAGAGCACACAGACAGCUCCACAGGUAUGAGAAUGGACUGGGGAUGUCACCAACUGGGGCUGCUGGGCCAAAUUAUUGAAUUUGAUAGGUGAAUAUAUCUGUGGAAA